GAAACUCAUCAGCGACAAUCAUUUUCGGAUCUGUUCAGGCAAGGUCAAGGUCACCAGAACGAAACGCGAAUGAAUGACUAUACCGGUUUCUUACUUCUGUAAAGAGGGAAAAAUUAGUUAUAAUUCUGACUGAAAAAUAAACCAGCAUACAUCAUUAACAUGAAUGAACCAAAGUAUGAUGAGAAUGCAGAUAUGCCUUCUAUCCCAGCAAUUACUCCAUCACAGAGUGAUUUGAUGAAACUGGCCACUCAAGAAUUUGACAAGAAAAAUUUUCCUGCAGCAUUUAGCCUUAUGGGAAAGCUUGCUGCUCAAAGAACAACUGAUCCAAAGGUUCUUCAUAAUAAAGUUGUAGCAGAAUUUUACCAAAGUGGAUUGAAGAAUAAAGAUGAUUUUAAUAAAAACCUUCAGAGUGUGUGUAAACUUAUACGAUACGGGCCCCGACGACUAUCAAGUGAAACCGAGGCGUUAGAAGAUGUUGAUCAAACAGUUAUAUUUUAUAAUCAGUCUGUUCUAUUGUAUCAUCACAGACAAUAUAAAGCAGCAUUAGAAGUUUUGGAAAAGGUGGUUCCAUCAUUGGAACCAUUAGUCUCUCUUUAUCCUACAGAAGAAAAUCUAUCAAGGAAAUGUGUUUUACUGUUGGUAGAACUUUAUUUAUGUACCUACCAGCCAGAGAAGGCAAUGGGUAGAAUAGCAUAUUUUGAAAAGACAUAUUUUAUUGGUAAACCUGCUACACAAAUGACAGCUGAUAAACCAACAAGUAGUGGUGGUGGUGAAAGGUCUGACAGUAGUGUGGAUGCUUUAAGAUACAAGAUAGGAUUGUAUAAAACUAGAUGUUUAUUAAUGUUUAAGUCUUUAAAAUCCAGUAAAAGAGAAUUAAAAGCUUUACUUGCUAUUCAUCCUAAUCAACAACCUUUAUCAGUAACAUAUCUAAAAUGUUAUUUAGAUUUUUUACGGGGUAAUUAUAAGAAAGCUAUGAAAGGUUUGUCUGGUUUACCACAGACGCAGGUUAUUAGUGAACAUGGUGAAUGUUUAACUAUGAUGUACUAUAAUAAUCUAGCUUGUAUACAUUUUCAAAUGAAAAAACAUCAUCUUGGAGCUCUCCAUUUGCGCAAAUCUUUACAAGAAAAUGAGAAUGCCAUCAAAGAUCCAAGAUAUACAGAGAAAGAUCGUCCAUUAAAUAUGAUGGGUAUGAGUCGACAUUAUGAGUUAUUAUAUAAUAUGGGUAUACAGUUAUUACAUUGUGGUAAAUCACAGCCAGCCUUUGAUUGUUUAAUACAAGCUGUACAAGUAUAUCAGACUAAUCCUAGAUUGUGGUUACGUCUUGCUGAAUGCUGUAUACAAUAUAACAGAGAGAAUAAUGAUGAAGAUCGUAAGCUAGAGAAAAGAUUAGAAGUAAUUCAAGGUUCAGUAGGCAAUGGAAUUCAUCGUAAACUUAUUUUAGGUCCCGGUUUAAAGAAGGAAAAACAAAGUUCUGGUAGUUCUGCUAUUCCAGCACCGACUUAUGAAUUUGCUUCUUUGUGUUUACGUAAUGCUCUGUUCUUAUUACCAGAAGAUCCUUUAGAUUUUGAUACAGCACCAUCCCCAGAUAAUGUUGAUGCUAGUAAAAGUCAACAGGACAUGUUAAUGGUUCCAGCACCACCAGGAAAUCCUAUGAGAUCAGUAGAAGUUGCCAAUCUCAGAUGUAGUAUAUUAUGUGCCGCAGCUUAUGUCUCCUUGUCUUUAAAUGAUCAUCUCAUGGCUUUAAAUUAUGCGAAGAAUUUGCUACGUCAACCUAGAAUAUCUGGUGCUCAAAGAUACUUAGGAAACCUAUAUAUGGCAGAAGUAUUAGUUAUAUUAGAUCGUAUUUCUGAUGCUGUCAAUCAUUUAAAACCAGAAGAUUUAGAAGUUAUAAAUCCUUGUCCACCAGAAGAAAAGACCGAUAAAAGUGAAAAAGAGAAAGAUGAACCUACAGAAGAAAAAGGUCCUCUGUACCCAUGGAGUCCCAAGGAAAUGAUCCAUGCAAAAAAGAUAAUGCAGUAUAACUUAGCAGUGACAUAUGCUAUUCGAGGAGACUUUGACAAAUCAAAUGCAAAUUUAUCUGAGAGUGUUGCAGCCAUUGGUACCCCAUUACCAGCACAAAUGUUCUUCUUAAAACUGUAUUUAGAUCUAAUGGAAGGCAGAAGAAUAACUGCACAAAAUGUUAUCAAAGAUCAUUUUGGUCAUAUGACACCCAACCGGGUAGAGAACCAAGUUCUUUCAAAAUCCAGUACAAAUGCUUGGCACGACAAUUCAUAGUUGGAGCAAAUAUGUUGUAUUUAAUUUAUGAAUAUCACCAGGUUUUGAAAAGUGUGAAAUAUUUGAUAGUGCUCUGACACAUAGUUCCUUCAAGAUUAUAACUUUAAAUACUGUAUCCACAUUGUUUCAUGGUUUUAAACUACUGACAUUUGCUUUGCUGCAAACCACAUUAUGUUGAAAGUUAUGCAAAGAAUACAUUGAUCAUUACUUGUUCAAUUAGAAAAUAAAUUUUUAUACUCUUA